AUGGAUUGUGAACUCAUUGUAAAAGAUUUCGGACGUAAACUAGUCUCCCGUUCGGAAGUCCGGGUGGAGACCGCCUUGAGUAAAGCAAAACAAAACUAUAAAAUAGUAGGCACAUGGAAUGUCAGGUCCUUGAGAAGAAGCGGAAAGUUUGAAAAUUUAAAACUAGAAAUGAGAAGAUUAAAUAUUGACAUUAUAGGGAUAAGUGAAGUAAGAUGGGCAGAUCCCGGCGAUUUUUGGAGUGAUGAGUAUAGAUUCAUUCAUACAGGCUCGAGUAAUGGACAUACUGGUGUUGGCAUCAUCAUGAAUAAACAGUGUGAGGAAAGUGUGAUCAGCUACUAUCAAUUUACAGAUAGGAUCAUCAUGGUUAAAAUUAAUACUAAACCUGCUAUUACAACGAUUAUCCAAAUAUACAUGCCAACAUUAUCACAUAAUGACGAAGAAGUUGAAAAAACUUGCGAUAAAAUAGAUGAAAUAAUGGCGAUGACUAAAGCAGGAGAGAAUGUUAUAAUCCUAGGCGACUGGAAUGCAGCAGUAGGCGAAGGGAAAGAAAGUAACAUAACGGGUAGUUAUGGGUUGGGAACCAGAAAUGAGAGAGGGGAACGACUAAAACAGUUCUGUACACAACACAAAUUGACAAUUGCAAACACUUUUCCAACACCAUAA